CUUCCUUCCUCUUCUGGGCAUAAAAACAGAGCACAGAGAAACACCAGCAGCUCUGACCUGAGCAGUCUUCCUGGGAAGAUGCAGCCACCCCUGCUCGUGCUCCUGCUGGCCUUUUUCCUGCUCCCCUCGGCAGAGGCAGGGGAGAUCAUCGGGGGACAUGAAGCCAAGCCCCACUCCCGACCCUACAUGGCCUUCCUUCGCAUUCAAGAUGAGGAGGAAAAGUCCAGGAGGAAGUCCAGGUGUGGCGGUGUCCUUGUGGGAGACAACUUUGUUCUGACAGCUGCUCACUGCAAUGGACGCUCAAUCACAGUCACCCUGGGUGCCCACAACAUCGAAAAGCAGGAGAAGACCCAGCAGAAGAUCCCAGUGAAAAGAGCCAUCCCACACCCAGACUAUGAUGACAGUACAUUCACCAAUGACAUCAUGUUACUGCAGCUGGAGAGAAACAUCAAGCGAACUGAUGCUGUGAAGUCCCACCGACUGCCCAAGGGCAAGGACCUGCCGAGGCCAGGAGAGAAGUGCAGUGUGGCCGGCUGGGGGCUAGUCACAAGGAAUGGCCCUUGCUCAGACACUCUGCAGGAGGUAGAGCUGACCCUGCAAAAUGAUUCGAAGUGUGAAAAUCUCUUUGAGGAUUACAACAGGACCAUUCAACUCUGUGUGGGGGACCCAACAAAAAAGAAGUCUUCCUUUAAGGGGGACUCCGGGGGGCCUCUCCUGUGUAGAAAUGGGAUCCAGGGCAUUGUCUCCUAUGGAAACAAGUAUGGGACACCUCCACGAGUCUUCACCAAAGUCGCCAGUUUCCUUCCCUGGAUAAAGAAAACCAUGAAAAGCCUCCAACUGCAGGACCCAGAACAUCUUCUCUGGAGCUAAUCCAGGACCACACUGCGGGGAGGGAGGU